GUGGAGACUGACUUUAGCGUUGUACAUGAUCGAUAGCACAUAGAGAAAGAACUACACUGCCAGUCUAGUCUUCGAGGAUAAGCAUUCUGGGCUUUUCAGGCCUCUGACAAAGGUGGUAAGAGUCUGAAAAUGGAGAGCAUCAAGUGUGUGGUGGCUGGAGAUAAAGCUGUGGGAAAGACCAGCCUUCUGAACUCCUGCGGCAGCAAUGCACAGAUCACAGUGGGCUCCAAAUCCAUCAAGCUUAACCUGCAGGAAACAGUCGGUCAGAACAAGAAUGACCGAUUGCGCACCGUACGCUACUGUGGGACCAAUGUCUUCCUCCUCUGCUUCUCCAUCUCCGACCCAACCUCUUUUGAGAACAUCAGGCUUAUGUGGCACCCUGAGGUAUCACAACACUGCCGCGAAGUGCCCUUCCUGCUGGUGGGCACCAAAAAGGACCUCAGAGGAGAUCGAGAAAUUUUGAAAAAACUGAAGGAGAAGAACCUGACUCCUGUCACCAAGCAGCAGGGGAAGGAUCUUGCAAAAGAAAUUAAAGCUGUUAAGUACCUUGAGUGCUCAGCUCUCACACAAGAUGGGGUGAAGAAAGUAUUUGAGGAGGCUGGCCGUGCCUGCCUGAACUGAAAGCCUAAGGAACAGGGGGCCGAAUCAUCCGAAUCAUAAUGUACACUAUCAUAAAGAAUUGUGGGUAAAACCGUGCCAUGAAGAUGUCGUAUCAGAUAUGUUACCAUUACCAGUAACUGUCAUGACAGAUCCCAUAAUGUUUGAUAUCAUGAUGGCUAACUGUGAUGCAGUUAUGACAUCAAACAUCACAGCAUCUGUCAUGAUAUUUACCAACAAUGGUUAAGAUACUGUUACAUUACUGAACAAAGACUACCGUCAUAACUCUUGACAACAUAUGACAUCUGCUAUGACAGGUUAAAGGCAUGACUUUGUCAGUAUUAUGUAGCAGCACUCAAGCAAGUUGUUAUUGAAUUGUGUUUAAUUGACAUAUCUAUGCACUACUUACAGAUGCAUUCUUAUGUAGCAACAAAAGUUUUACUAGUGUUGACAAAAAUCCCAAUUAAACUUAAGAAACUAGUGAACAACUUUUGAUGAACUUAAAGUGUAAUAUUCAUUUAAAAUGAUACUCAUUUUGUAUGUGUAUGUCACAGAUCAAGUGUCUUUUUUGUCAUGCAAUCCAGCUAAUUUUUGCAUCAUGGCAGAUUCGUUGUUUCCAGCCUGCCUAGUUUUUAUUAGCUACAACAACACAGUCCUUCUCUGUAACCCAGCAAGAGUUGCUAUAAAAGAAUGCAUUUGUACAGUGCAAUAAAUUAUAUUUUGGCCAGUGAAAACAUCUCAAAUCUAGUCAACGUAUCUAAUAUUUCUCAUUCUGUGAUUGUUGUAAAAAUGUUUAACAACUUGUUUUCAGCCAAUUUAUUUAAAGAAAUGUUUCAUUCUAUUGGCAGAUAAUUUGUUUUUUUUAGACAUAAUGCGGACAAUUUUGUCUUUUUUCAAGACACACUGUGGAUAAUUUUGGUUGUUUCAAGACAUAACUCAAAUAAUAUGGUCCUUUUUCAAGACAUAUUGCAGAUAAUCUGCAUAUCUGCAUCAAAACAAGUUUUAAAAUGUCUACAAAUAAUUUAACCCCUUAAGAAAUUCCAGGCUUAUUACAUACUAAGGCUUAUUCUUCAAUAACAACAAGGAAUUCAGUUUAAUCACUCUGUUUGAUUUUUUUGCAGUGUGGAUGGACCACAAAUAGGUCAUAUUAAGGGUCAUAUUUUCACUUCUUUGCUGUGCUGAUGAAGAAAAUUACAAUUAUAGGCUCAGUUAUGAGCUGAGCUAGAACACUGAUUUGACAGUGAUCGCUGACCUCUUUCUGAAACUUUACACUGACAUGAUUAUGCUGUAAUUUAAGCUGCAACAGAGAUUUGAUAUUUGCCUACACAAAUAAUCCAUUCUUUGUACAUGGAGGCUUCUACUCACAGUGAGAUCUGCACACAAAAUCCAAAGAUUCAUAGGAAAUUCUGGAUGCUUAAUAGAUAUAUUGCUAAGAUUUGUUGAUUUACAUUGUUUCUGUAAAUGCUUGUAGAAUCUUUACCCACAAAGUGAUGUCAUAUAUUUCUCUGUGACUGAGAAAACAGUAAGAGGAUAUUGAACUUCAGUAUCAUGUGUAUAUGUAUCAUGCAGAUCAACCAAUAGAUCAACUGAUUUAAUAAAAUGAUCACU